GUUACCGCCAGUAAUCGAGCCGAAACCAUUACCAUUACCAUUUGCGUUACAUUUUUUGAACCAAACAGCACCUAAGUUCUACUACCCUUCUGUUCUUCCUAUUGAAUGUUGCCCCCUUCUGUUUGUCCUCUUCAAACUCAGAUCAGCAAAGCUUCUAUUUUAAUACUAGGAGAAUAUUAUAAUAUACUGUAUGGAUUAGUAAUGCUUUCUUAUGUGCUUAAAUUUCAUUUCUUGUUAUUUAAUUUAAUAGGGAAAAUAACAAUCUUUGAACCUCUAUUGCAUUUCUUGUUAGUUAAUACGAAUGUACAUGUUUGUAUGAUUUCAUAUCUAGCUUGCAUCGGCGUACAAGGUUGAUGCUGGCAGGUGACAGGUUGCCUUGCUAUUGAUGCUGAGAUUGUUGCCCUUCACUUCCUUAGUGCACAGGUGCACAUAGUAAAUGGUCGAAUUGAUUUUUGCGGUGAAUAUUGAAGUUGUACAAUUUUCUGUUAAUUAUUGCUUUCUAUAGAUAUUGAUUUUUCUGUGCAAUGAAUAUUGAAUUUUCUGUUUGGUAGGCAUUCAAAUAUUCUAUGUUAAUUAUUGCUUUCUGUAGAUCUGAAGCAGUUCGUUGGAAGGUGGUAUAAUUGUUUUAGGGAUACUAACAAAUGGGUUCUAGAAUUGAGUUGAUAAGGAAACAUUUGAAACAUGAGGAGGAUGAUGAUGAUGAGUUAUUUUUUGUGUCAGUUCCAGCUAUAUAUGCUUCCCUUUAUUCUGAAAAGAGGCCAGUACACACUUCUUGUCGUAGUGGUGCACAAAAAGUUAGAGAAAUGCUCGAUGGUCAUGAGAGCUGGUGCAAAUCCGAGUUUCGAAUGGAGCCAGAGAUCUUUAGAGCUGGAGCUAGAUAUCUUAGAAAGGAAGGACUGUUGCAAGACACUUCAAAUAUGAGCAUUGAGGAGCAUCUUUGGAUAUUCAUGUACAUGAUAUCUCAGAAUGCUAGCAAUGCGAUCUUGCAAAAAGAAUUUUAGCAUAGCGGGGAAACCAUACAUAGAAAGAUAAGCGAGUUCUUUGAUAUAAUCCCUGCUCUAACUCAAAGAUUUGUGAAGCUCCCAAGUGUAAACCAGCCACAUGUGAAGAUUACAUCCAAUCCCCGGUUUUGGCCUUACUUUCAGAAUUGCAUUGGUGCAAUUGAUGGGACACACGUCCCCAUAACUUUUAGUGAAGAGAGAUCCCCUCCAUUUAGAAAUCGAAAAGGAACCCUUUCUCAAAACGUGAUGUUAGCAUGCGACUUUGAUUUGAAUUUCACAUUUAUCUCAUGUGGGUGGGAAGGGUCCGCAUCUAAUGCGGGGGUUCUUCAAUCAGCUUUAAGAAAGGGUUUCAAAGUGCCAGAUGGUAAAUAUUAUCUUGUAGAUGGGGGAUAUGCAAACACUCCUUCUUUUAUUGCCCCGUAUCGAGGAGUUUCUUAAGAUCUCAAUGAAUAUCGGAGGCGAGGGUCGAGAACUGUAUAUGCUUAUUAUAAGAGUUAUUUAAUCAUUCUCAUGUUCUCCUUCGCAACCACAUAGAAAGGUCCAUUGGUGUCUUGAAGAAGGAAUUUCCCAUCCUCAAAGUGGGCACCUUUUAUCCCAUAGAGACUCAGGUUUUGAUUCCAUCAGCGGCAGUUUCAUUUCAUAACAUGAUUAGAGGUUUAAAUGGUGAAGAUGGAUGGUUGGAUCAGCACCCAACUAACAUCAAUUCUAGUCAAUUUGUUGAAUUACCAGAGGGAGAUAUCAAUUAUCAGUAUAGUAGUUAGUCCAAUGCUGGAAAUGCUCUUAGAGAUCAAAUUACUAUGCAGAUGUGGAAUGAUUAUAAUAAUCAUUAGUAUUAUUUUUGAUGUAAUAGUCAUUGGCUAUUGUAUAUUAUGUAGUCAUGGCUAGAGCUUCGUGGAAUAUGAACUAUGAGAAGAUUCUUGUUGACAUCUUGCAUGAGCACAAUCAUGUGAAGUACCGGGGCCAGAAUGGUUGGGCACCAGAAGGUUGGCGUUCUAUGACUCAAAUGUUCAAUGAGAAGUGCCCGUUGGCUAAGUUUACAAAGGCACAGAUCCAGGAAAAAGAAAAGGAACUUAAGGCAAACUAUAAGGUGCUGAAGGAAGCCCUCAAGCAAAGUGGUGUUGGAUGGAAUGAGGCCAUGGGUAUGAUCAUUGUGGAACCACCAAUAUGGGCAAAUAUAAUUGUUAGUAAUCCAAAGGUCAAGAAGUUUCAGUCAAGGUCAUUCCCUUUGUAUAAUCAGUUGUCAGCGCUCUAUGAUGGCAGUUGUGCUACCGGUGAUCUUAAUUUUACAUCAACUCUAAUGAUGGCAGUUGUGCAACAUACAUCAUCCCGACAACAAUUAUAUAUUCAAGAUGAAGCUGAAGCUAUGAGCUCUUUCAGGAUUGAUGAUGACCUUGGGGUUAACCCUGAUUUGAAUCCAUUCUCUUCAAAUUUGCAUGGGUUGGCAGCUUCAAGUACCCAUGUUGAGAUUGGUGGACAUGAACGCACCCCCGCAUCUUCAGCACAACGAGCGGAGAGUCAUGGAAGGAAGCGUAAGCAAAGUCAGAUUGCUGGGGUUCUUGAGGAAUAUUUGGAUUACAAAAGACAACAUAAUGAUAAGUUGCUUGAUGUGGUUGUUGGGGACUUUUUCUCAAAUGCUAUGAGUUAAGAACAAGGCAACACAGAAAAUGUUAAACAUUAGAGUCCUUCGUCCUUCAAAGCAUUAUUUCCCUUGAGAGAUAAUGAUUUUCGGACGAAGGUUAUGGAGGACGUACCUUCGUCAAUAUAACAUAUAAAUGACGAAGGAGACAUAUGAAAUACAAAAAGUAACAUAAACAAUUAUGUAUUACCAUCAACUCAUUUCUAUUUCAUUAUUAUGGAAAAAUAGAAAUGAUAAUAAGUUACAAAGGUACCUUCGGCUUGAAAGAAGGUAAAAGUACAAGCGUGACGCAAAAGCAAAUGCCAAGUCCCCCGUGAACAGUACGGGAGCACUGUUCAUCUAUUUAUAGGCACGGGAUGCAGUCCAUGUAAAAUUACACACAUGCCCUUUACAUUUGCUGAUAACUCUAUAGUAAUCCAUCGGGGUCUAAAUAGCCUUUUCCCCUUUAAGUCGGUUUUCCUUUUCUGCUAUCACGCUGAAGCUCUCCUGCGCACAGCUUCGGCUCUGCGCCAUCCUUCAUAUUCUUUGUGUUUCUUCGCACUGUGGUUUUGACCUAAGUCCGAAGGUACCUGUUCAUGUAUCAUACUCCAGAAAUAUU